GCACAGAGCCGGCCCCCCCCCUCGCUGAUAGCGCUGAGAUAUGAAGCAGCAAACUAACUCCGCCGUGUUCCUGCUGCCUCAGUGAGGAGCCGCUGCCCGGCAGGAAGCCGCUUCUGAAGCUUCUCCGUCCGCAGCGACUGUUCCGUCCACAGCCGCGGAGCCUCAGAGCAGCGCAACCGGCUGAAGCCUCGCCAGCCCCGGCCGUUUUCCCCAACCGGCAGCCGAGAAGUGUGACGCCGCCGCCAUGCCGCAGAAGCGCAGGUCCCAGUCGUGGACGGAGCUGAAACAAGCCGGCAACGAGUGUUUCAAGACGGGUCAGUACGGAGACGCCGUGACGCUCUACAGCCAGGCCAUCAAAGAGCUGGAGAAGUCAGGUAAGAAGAGCCCGGAGGAUCUGAGUAUUUUGUACUCGAACCGAGCAGCGAGCUACCUCAAGGACGGCAACUGUGGAGAGUGUGUGAAGGACUGCAACAUGUCUCUGGAGCUCGUCCCGUUCGGCAUCAAGUCCCUGCUGCGCCGCGCCGCCGCCUACGAGGCCCUGGAGCGCUACAGGCCGGCCUACGUCGACUACAAGACGGCCCUGCAGGUCGACUGCAACAUCGCCGCCGCCAACGACGGCACCAACAGGAUGACGCGGGUGCUGACGGAGGUGGACGGCCCGGCCUGGAGGGAGAAGCUGCCUCCCAUCCCCGCCGUGCCGCUGGCCGUCCGGGAGAAACUGGCCCAGCAGGCGGCGGCCGGCAGAGCCCAGGCCAACCACACCUGCACCCGGCAAACACACACACCUGCUCCCAGCGAGCAGGACGUGAGGAAGGGCCAGGCCCUGAGGGAGGAAGGCAACGCCCUGGUCAAGAAAGGAGAGCACAAGAAAGCCAUCGACAAGUACAGCCAGAGCCUCACACACAACCCGGCCGAGGUCAGCACCUACACCAACAGGGCGCUGUGCUACCUGUCCGUGAAGCAGUACCGGGACGCGGUCAGAGACUGUGACGAGGCUCUGACGAUGGACAGCAGCAACGUGAAGGCUCUGUACCGCAGGGCUCAGGCUCACAGGGAGCUCAAGGACGUCAAAUCGUGCGUGGACGACCUGAACCGCCUGCUCAUCGUGGAACCAAAGAACACCGCCGCCCUCAAGCUGCUGCAGGAAGUGCAGAAGAAGAAAUGAUGGCAUGACGAGGGAGGUUUGGAGGAGGAAGUAGCGGUGGUCAUGUGACCGCCCCGCCCCGCAGAGGACGGAAGAGGAAUCACCGAUGUUUCAGAAAAAAACAAACCAAAACAAAAAUAGGAGGAGGCGUGGCCGGGCGGCGGCGGGAAGCGGCCGGCUCGUUUCCUGAAGCGUCUCGACACCGAACCUUCGAUCCAGACAGGAAGUCGGUGUCGAGGCGCUCCUGUGAAACCGGCGGCCGCCGCAGAAGAAUUGUAAGACGUGAGCUCGUGGCUGCUCCCAGCUCAGCUCCAAGUCCAGGCUCUUUUUGUUUUGUUUGUUUGUUUGUUUGUUGUUUGUUUGUUUGUUUUUUUUUUCCUGGUGUCGGGUUCCUCAUGGGUCCACGGUGCGUUUCCCGGAGCUUCUCGGUGUGCGAAUAUUCUGCUUUUCCACCUGAUUGCUAUUUAGAAAGCUGGAGCCCACAAGUCUUUGCCUGUGUGUGUGUCGAAGCCCCGCCCACCGCUCAUGAAUAUUCAUCAGUCUGAUCAGCUCAGGCUCCGAGCGCAGACCUCGUUUCACCUCCAAGUUCAUUCUGUCCUCUGAUUUUUUUUUUUUUUUUAAUUUUCCCGUCAUCAGUCCUCUUCCUCUUCGUCUCCAUGGAGGCGUCCGUCCUGCCUGAAGUGCCUGUCUCUGUCUCCGUCCUUCAUCUUCGUCUCUGCAGAAGAUUUUCUCCACCAAAGCGUCUCCUGCUGCUGCUGCACACCCCAAACAUCAACCUGUCAGCGUUCUGCAGAAAAAAAAAGCUUUUCAGGGUUUUUAUCCAGAAAAAAAAAAAAAAGAUUAAAAAAAGGUUUGCCGGUCACAUCCUGUCACAUGUAAA